UUAUUUUAAUUACCCCAAAUUUUUUACUUUCUUCUACGAUAUCCAUCGAAUCAUUUCCAUCAGAUUUUGUUUCUGCUUGAAUUUGCAUGCUGUUGACAUUAAACGUUUUCAACAGUUCUUUAUUUAUAACACAACUGUGUAAAAGCCUAGAAAACAGUUCCGCGUCCGAUACUGGUAUCUCUUUUUUAAGUUUGAUAUUCUGUUUUUCGACCGCCAUUAAAGAAUAUACACUCGAAAUUGUUAAUGGACUUAUUUUCGGGUACAUCAGUGUCCAAAAAGCGGGCUCAUUGAACACUGUAAUGCCCGAUAAAAAAAUAUAUUUGUUAAAAUGGGAGAGUGUGCCCGCUAUGGUGCCAGUCCAUUUUUUCUUUUUCUUAAAAUCGCUAGGAAAGAGUAUUUCCCAAUUUUUAUCUAUAAAAGUAGCGACGUGAUGUCUCCAAUGGAAGAAGCCUUUUCUAGCUAGUCCCGGGCUUUUAUGUUGCAAGUGAUAUAGAACUAACACUAUUAUUUGAAGCCUAAAACGUUUGAAAUAAUACUUGCAGCAUUCUAUACAAUUAUCCAUUGUAAAUACUAAUUUUAAAUUGAAUAAUUAACUUACCAAGAGAGUCUAAUUCUUACAAAACUUUCGGUAUUAUCGGAUGAACAUUCAUAACAAAUAAAAGCAUGAAAGGUGUCUCCAUAGAGACCUCCUGGUACUGAGCCUCUUUUCAAACAUUUGAUAUGUAUAUAACAUUUGCAUUUUGUGCAUUCUAGACCUUCGUCAGCUGAUAAUUCUAAUCUAUCACCACAGUUUUUACAAAAUUUGUCUACGGUAAAUGCUUCCAUUUCUUAUUUAUAUACAAAGACAUAACCUCAAACCCCUGAUAAAGUCAAAUUAAAAAAAGAAGAAUUAUGAAAUGAAGAAUUAACACGAGUUCGACAAUUCAAAAUGGUGCAGGACAGGAGUUAUUUUUGUUACAGACUGUGAGUAAUUGCAACUGUAGCAAGGAACUAUGCUAAAUCUAUCGUGUAAAGAGUAUAAAAAAGGGGCUAGGGUUAGAUAGACGAGUGUUAAUCAAAGAUCCAGGAUCAAAGCCUUUUUGUUCUGUGUUCAUUACGCAAAAGUUAUCGAAUUCGGCUCGGGUUUCGAAAAGAAACAGUGUUGCCAAUUCGAUUCUUCUAACGCUAAGAAUUAUUUUGACGUUUUUGUUGAAUUGAGGUUAUAUUUAUUUAUUCUGAUGAAAAAAUGUCAAAACAAAGAUAUUAAAAAUAUUAGAAUUGGUUAGUCAGCAGGGUAUACGUGUCAGGAUGAGAUAAAAUAUAUAGUUCAAGGGUUUCAUCAGUCUUUCUAGUUUUUUAUUUGUAACGGCUGUUUGCCUUUAUUUAUUUGAAAAAUGUUGAAAGCAGUGAUUUUAAUAGGCGGUCCACAAAAAGGAACCAGGUUUAGGCCUCUAUCUUUGGAUAUUCCAAAACCUCUUUUUCCUGUAGCUGGCUUACCGCUGGUACAGCACUUGAUAGAAGCAUGCCUUGCAAUUGAAGGACUAAAAGAGAUACUGCUCAUUGGUUUUUACUCUUCAUCACAAAUACAACCUUUCGCCAAUGAAAUGCAACACCAAUACAAUGUAACCAUCAAAUAUCUCCAAGAGUUUAUAGCUUUGGGUACAGCAGGUGGGCUGUAUCACUUCCGUGAUCAAAUUCGCUUUGGGAAUCCAGAAGCAUUUUUCGUCAUCAAUGGAGAUGUGUGCUCUGAUUUUCCUUUGGCAGAACUUUAUACGUUUCAUAAAGAACAAAUGGUCAAUGAAAAAGCUCUGGUUACUAUUAUGGGUACAGAAGCCACUCGUCACCAGUCUCUGAAUUACGGUUGCAUUGUCACCAACAAAGAAACGAACGAGGUGACCCAUUAUGUAGAAAAACCCAGUUCUUAUGUUUCAACGUUAAUAAAUUGCGGCGUUUAUGUCUUUUCACCAGAAAUCUUUCAAACCAUCGGUGCAGUUAACCUCAAGCAACAAGAACAUUACAGAAACGGCUACAGCAAUGGUACCAAAGAAGCCGGCUACAUACAGCUAGAACAAGAAAUCUUGGCACCUCUAGCAGGAAGCGGCCAAAUUUUCGCGCUGCCUGUCACCAAUUGGUGGUCGCAAUUGAAGACAGCUGGUUCAGCGAUUUACGCCAAUCGUCAUUAUCUUCAAUUGUACAAAACGAAGCAUCCGGAACGAUUGUACAACUCGUCGGGGGCUGGCGGGGAGACUUGCAUGAUUUAUCCCGACGUCCAUAUCGAUCGUACGGCUCAUAUUCAUCCGUCAGCUGUGCUAGGACCAAACGUCAGUAUAGGUCCGGGAGUGACCAUAGGUGCCGGAGUUAGAAUCAGAGAAAGCAUAGUGUUAUCCGACGCCACCAUAGAGGAUCACAGUUUAGUUUUGCACAGCAUAAUCGGCCGUGGAUCGCACGUGGGAAGAUGGGCGAGAGUCGAGGGUACCCCAUCAGAUCCCGAUCCCAAUAAACCGUUCGCAAAAAUGGAGAAUCGACCAUUGUUCAAUAAAGAUGGCAGAUUGAAUCCGUCAAUUACCAUCUUAGGUUGUUCUGUGAGCGUACCGGCCGAAACCAUUUUGUUGAAUUCAGUGGUGCUUCCCAACAAGGAAUUAUCUAGAAGCAUAAAGAACGAAAUUAUUUUAUAGUUGGUAACGGCAGGGACAUACGAGCACAAAACGAUUUUAUUUACAAUGACAGUCAAUUUAAUUGAAAACAGGAAAAAAAGAUUUUUAUUUGUACAAAAAUAUUUUAUAUAUUUUAUUUUUUAAUUUGUAAUCAUUCCAGACUGAUGUGUAACAUAUAAGUAACAAACAUUGUUUUAUUUAAUUCCUAAUUUACAUUUAAAAAGAUAUUUGCAGAUCCCUGUGGAGUGGGGAAAGAAGAAGGAUAAUAGACAUGAGCCUUCGAGCCCGUUUUAUAUCUUUGUGGUAAACAAAUUUAACAAAAUAAAUAAUUAUAGUUUGGUGAAGUAGUUGAAAGUUGAACAUCAAGGUUUAAUUGGUCAAAGACCGACAGCAGUACUAAGUAGUAUUUUAUUUAUCAAGUUCUACACGUUAACAACCAAUUAUCGAACAUGAGUAUACGAAUGAAUAUCUAUAUACAGGAUAUAAUUCAAUAAGUUACUUUAAACAAUAGAUAUAUUAGGUUACUACGAGCACAGGCCUUUAUGUAAAUUGAUAUGGGAAAUGGCUAAGCUCCAUUCUGGCAAUUUUUUGUCUCUUUCAAGGUCACAUGUCGAGGUUAUCAGUAAACAUGAUAACGUUAGCUCGCAGUUAGGUAACGUCUGGAAUCCAAGAUGACAGGCAUCGUUGACGUGAACAAUGAAAAAUAUAUAAGGUAAACGAAAAAACAAAUUCAAAAGGCAUUAACGUAUAUCUCCGUUAUUAUUGGUCCGAUUCAAACGGGAUAAACGGCAUUGUGAAGGAGGCGUUAAAUAGACUAACUCUUUUUUAACGAAUGUGAAUAUUGUCGCACUUCAAAUUUUUCGAGUACGAGUCCCGUCAGGAUGAAAGAACUCACGAGUACCAAUUACUCAGUACUUUGAGUACGCACGUACAAUUUACUCGAGUACUGCCCAGCUCUGCCUGGUGCCAAUUACAACAGAAUGCCCGUCAGCACGGGAGGUCCAACUAACAACGAUAUUUUGUCGCUGCACCAAGGAUUGUGAUAGUAGCUGUUAUGUUUUCAGUUGGUGUAAGGGAAUAAAACUACUAAACUUGUAGGCACGUUUUUUAUUUCCCUCCUUAGAACGAAUACCACAUAAUUACAUCAUUAUGUACGCGUCAUACACGCCGUUACCGCAGUUCGAUACAGUUUUACAGACAACCAUAACGUUCGGAGUCUAGGAGAAGAAGGUCGUGUGAUUUGUUCUUCUACCAGUGGUCUUGUACCACGCAUGUCCCAAUCUUUCAGGAAGUAGUAGGUUUACAGCGGGAACUAUGAAUCACAAUUCCUCCUUUCUUAAGUUUAAAUAAUAAAUUUAACCUUUGCCGUUGUUUUCUCAUCCUACUAGAUUUCCGAUAAGAUUGAGAAGUUUCCAAUAUAGGUUCUAUGUUUACAGUAUCUAAAAUUCAUCCUCACUAGAUAUUAACAAAUUAUCAUUACAUAAAGAGCCUUGUGCUUCAAUACAGAAUUUGUUAAAAUCAUCUUCAAAAAUAUUUGCUACUCCUGAUACAUUAAAAUUAUUCUCGUGAUCUAGGCUAACCUCUCUGAUAUUCCUACAUAUACAAUUAUCUAUUAAAAAAUUACAAACAUCACAAAAUAUCACUUGGCGAUUCGCUAAUGUGCUUGGUUUUACCAUAAUUUCUACAAUUUGCCCUAAAUUUUAC